AACAACACCCGAUGUCACAGUCUGUACAGAUCGCAAAGCCCUAAACGGCCGCCGCAUCGGCGCUGUCGAGGGUUGUGCCGUUUCAGCUACAUUCUGCGGCCGGUGACGAGCGGCCGCCGUCGCCAUGGGUCGCAUGCACAGCCGCGGAAAGGGAAGCCCCCGAGUUGGCUUAAGAUCUCUGCUCAAGACGUGGAGGAGAGCAUCUGCAAGUUUGCGAAGAAGGGGCUGAUGCCGUCACAGAUCGGUGCCACACUUCGUGACUCUCAUGGAAUAGCCCAGGUCAAGAGUGUGACAGGGAGCAAGAUCCUCAGGAUUCUCAAGGCUCAUGGGUUUGCACCGGAUACGCCGGAGGAUUUGUACCGCCUGAUUUAGAAGGCAGUGUCCAUCAGGAAGCACUUGGAGAGGAACAGGAGGGACAAAGACGCCAAGUUCAGACUGAUCCUAGUAGAGAGCAGGAUCCACUGCCUGGCCCGUCACUACAAGAAGACAAAGAAGCUCUCUGCAACCUUGAAAUAGAAACUGUAGCGAUCAUCAGCUGUGCACUAAGAGUAACAAGUGGAACUAUCAAUCCGUGAUUUGGAUCUGAUCUUACAAACAUGGACAAUAUUAUCGACUCCGACACUGCAAGCACUCUCGCGGUUUAGGAUUCGACCACUCCAUGAAAUUUCAGUGCAAACGUUUGUGCAAGAAAUACGGAAGUCACCGGUAACCAGUUGUUUAUCAGCUCAAGGACUCAGUUAUGGAAUCUUAGGAGAGGAUAAACUUUCUGGUGCUCUUAAAUUGUGUUUUGAUGAACUGUGACUGCUUUUGUUGUUACCCCAACAAUGUGUAUUUUCAGAUGAACUGUGACAACCUAUCGCAUCAUGUUUAAUUAUAUGCAUGAAUUUUUACAUUUUUUUCAUUCUUUAA